AAGCUGGUCUAAGCUAUGCUGAGCUAUGCUUAUGCUUUCAGUUACUUUCAAUGCUUGUCAAUGCUUUCAAUGAAUCCGGCUGAAUCUAGCUAAGUCAACACGUGCACUUUGUCGAACAUAGUAAUGUAAAAUAAUCGAACAACGUGGAUUAUAUUACAAAUUUUAAUUAUUUGUGCAUUUACUGCAUUGUGUGCGCCAACAGAGUACUCGCUGUACUUUAUCUUGUUCUACUUUCUAUGAGCAAUUUAAGAAUAUCUAGCUGUCUCUCGGUGUAAGCAAAGAAAUUCCACUUAAUUGUGUAUAGACGAUGGCGGGAAGAAAAGAACAGUUCGAUGAAUUUCUGGGUGGAUCCGAGCAGUUACCACCAGAAAUUCAUAUUAUGAAGCUUGUCUCCGCGAGAGCAAGCGAAAUUGCUGCAAUGACGUAUUCUAUAGAAAAUCCUCAGCAAACGAAACUCGUAUUUCAAAAACUACCGGUGUAUAUGCGUAGGCGCGUCAUGUCGCACAACAUGAAACGCUUACCGCGUCGAUUGCAAGAAGCGCAUUUAAGUCAAAUGACCAAAUCCGGUUUGCCGCCAAAAGCUAAAAGACCAUCGCGCAAAUAUCGCAGACGUCCGCGCAAUUUACUUGCCGAAUAUAAUCGGAGACAAAGGAAUAAAAUUUGGCUGGAGACUCACAUUUGGCACGCCAAACGUUUUCAUAUGGUAGAAAAGUGGGGCUACAGAAUAGCCAGUUUUGCAAAUGACAAAUGCUUCAGAGCCAAUUAUCGUGCCGUUGCACGUCACUGCUUGAUGCAAGACAUUUCAUAUUACACGUGCGUGGAAAUUAGCGGCCCGGAACAAGUCCUAAAAGAGACACUAAAAACGCAUUGUAAUCCAUGUGAAACAACAUUCGCGGCAAAGAUUUUUACAACAGGACAACGCGAGGGUACAGUCAUGUUUUUUAAGAAGAAUAGCUACCCUCGAUUUCCGAUUGGACAUGUACAUUUUUUAUGGAGACCCAGUCAAUCUACUAUAAAAACUAUUUGGAUUUGGGUACAUCCAUCUUUCAUUGACGACUUUAUCGCGGAAAUUACAUUUAGCUUUGAAUUCAAGUGCAUAAAUUCCACCUCUGAGAAUAGUCAAUCGGCAAAAUGUACCUCUUUUAUCAAUGAAAGAGAUUGUAAAUUGAUUAUUCAUAGGGGUACCCUUAACCGGUUUCGGUUUUAUGGACCAUUAACAAUGAACGUUUUGACGAAUGCUUUUCACGUGCCGAAUUUCGACGCCACAAAAUUUGAAGAUAAUCAAAUGGAUUGCGAUGAGGAAGCUAAAAAUUCUGAUAAAUUGUGGCAUGUUGACUAUUACAAUAAUCAAGAACAUAGAGAAUCGUUAAAAGUACAAAAAAAUUUAUGGCAAAUGUUAAAAUCGCUACAAUCCCCUAGUCAAUUGCCGCCAAAUAUUGUUCUUGGUUUUACCGUCUUAGAUCCAAGAUUUUAUUUACCUGAUAAAAGAACUAAACUCCAAAGACAGAUGCGGACAAUUAAUGCAAUGCCAAUUCCACCUGCAAACGCAAAUGCUAGUCCAAUUUGGGAACAGGAGAUUAGACAGAAAGUCAGUAGGAUAUGUGCAACGACAAGUGCAAUUAAUAAAUUGAGAAGUCAAUGUUUGGUACCUGGUACGAGCAAUGACAAAUAUUUUGACGAACAAAUUAUGGCGAAGAUCCCUAUUCUAUUGAUUCAAAGACCUGGCAUUGGAACGACAGGUUUAGGUUCUGGAGUAGACAUUAUUGUGCCAUCCAACUGGGCAAUGCCAUUCUGGCUAGCUUGCAUACUUCGAUGCGUAAGAAUUGGCGCGCUCAGAGAAUCAACAUCUAUAGCAUUUGAAUACCAAAAUAUGCGAUCACCGGAUAUCAAUGAUCCAGACACACCUGCUUACGAGAGGCAAGCAUUGAGUACUAGGCUAGACUUAAGGGCAAAAUAUUUUCGUUAUCCACCGAAUAGACGAGUGAACUUUGUUAAAUUCGGGAUUUCUAGCCCUUUCUUUUGCGAAUGGAAACUUUUGAUGAAAGAAUGGACAGGCACAGAAGAAUUUUCCGUACUGAGAAAUCGUAAAUUAAUACAACUGUUACAUCGAAGUUUGACUCAAGGAGUUUAUAAACGGAAAUGCAAUAAAUCAAGUAGCCAUGCGUUAAAUAUACAAGACGCAUUCGAAGACUACAAUUAUUUAGUUCGCGUUAAAGUAUCCAUUCUGAAAAAGGGAUGCCCUAAACGAUUUGCGAUUAUAUCUAUGCCAACUGAUGAAGAUGUAGAAAAAUUUAAGAAUAGUAAAACGUGGUCGGGUCCAGUAGAGAAAUUAAACAUUGACCCAAAUGAAAGCGCCAGGAAGAUAUUACGGAAAAAUCAUUCGGCUCUUUUGAAACGGUUAAAGAGACAAAGAAUACGAUACAAAAAAGCAUCAACUAGUAAAUUAAGUGAAUUGUUGAACGGUCAACUUGAAAGCUCCAACUAUGUCGACAAGUCAAAAAAAUUGUUACAAGUAAGCCGCGAAGCUGUAAAUAAACAAUCUCAACGAAUGUCAGAGUUCUAUUUACCAGACUGUAAUCGGGUACGAUUUUCCUGUGAUAGAGAAAUUAUAGGAUACGUGACAAUAGGUGAUUUUUCGUUUUCAGAGGCAAAAGGGAUAGGUUCAGGAUAUGUAACAUUAAAUUCCUUAAUUGAAUUGAUAAAUAAACAGUAUCCUAUUGUUCUAGUUAGGAAUAUUCAGACAAGACAGUACAGAAUUGCCAAGUUGGAAGUGACAAUUUAGCAAAUAAGAAUAGUUUUAUUGCUAUCUGUGAUUGUUAAAUCGUUUCCAAAUACAUUUUCUUUGUGUAUAUUGUAAAACUGAGUUUGCAAAGAAAGAUUUUAGAAAUAAGAGAUUAGGAACUAAUUUUUUAAUAUUAAA